CGUGCCCACCUCCACCGCCGCUUCUGUUUGCUGGAAGAUACUAAACGACAAACAUGAUAUACAUUGAAGAAUUUGACUAUUGAGAUUGUGUGUUUGUGAAUUCAGAAUUGUGAGUGCUACCGUGCUAGCUUGCUGCUUACAACCCAGAAGGUUGGUUUUACUGUAUUCUAUAGAAGGGGGGGUUGAGUCGGUGGGUUUCAGAGGGAGAGAGAGAGCGAGCAAGAUCUUGAGUUGGUUGCUGAAGGAAGCUCGCUCGCUCGUCUGCAUCGAUGGCUUCUAAACUUGUGUUGAUCAUCGUCUUCAUCUUUGAUCUCAUUGCCUUCGGCCUCGCUGUAGCUGCUGAGCAGAGGCGAACCACUGCUAAAAUCACAGCAGAUCAAGAGAAGGACUACAACUACUGUGUAUAUGACUCUGACAUCGCAACCGGUUUUGGCGUGGGAGCAUUCUUGUUCCUUUUGGCCAGCCAAGUCCUGAUAAUGGUAGCAAGCAAAUGUUUCUGCUGUGGGAGGGCCAUGAACCCUAGUGGCUCCAGGGCCUGUGCAGUCAUGCUCUUCCUAAUCUGCUGGUUGUUCUUCCUUGUGGCGGAGGCCUGCUUGCUGGCGGGUUCGGUGAGGAACGCCUACCACACCAAGUACAGGAGCAACAGGGCUAUCUUUGGUGCCGACCCACCGACUUGCCAGACCCUGAGGAAGGGAGUUUUCGCGGCUGGAGCAGCUUUCACCCUGUUCACAGCCAUCGUCUCCGAGUUCUACUAUGUUUCAUACUCCAAGGCCAGAGGUGGUGGCUCCAACCAGUAUGGCAGAGAAACUGGAGUUGGGAUGGGUACCUACAAAUGAGUCUAGCCUUUAAAUAUAUACUGUUUACAUAUAUGACUGCUUCCACAGACUUGUGAUAUGGGCUUUCAGAUUGAAUUGAUAUGUGUAUCAGAACGCUCUUGAUGUAGUUGUUGGUAGGUUGUGUAUUUUUAAGUCUCAUGUUCAUGAUUUGUUUCUCCUCCAUGGCCAUGUCCACAAUUCUUUCUGGUCUGUGUUGUAGUAAUUUGCAAAUAACUGAUGAGUUUGUGUUCUUCUGCAAAUGCCUUUCUUCCUUUAGCAAGUGUUUUCUCGUGAGCGUGCUGGUGGUGGGGAAAGCUGGAACUAUGAUGAGAAACUGAUGUUUCACCAACUUAGGAUUGCAUUUUUGGGGGCGGAGGCCUGUUUGCUGGCGGGUUCAGUGAAGAACGCACAGAGGACCAAAUACAGGUUCUUGUACAUGGCGGGAGAUCCUCACUGCGAGACUCUGAGAUCUGGGGUUUUCCAGAGUGGAGCGAUUCUGAUUAUGAUCUCCAGCUUCGCUUCUAAGACGAACGUCUGGUGGUCGGAGACGGAGGAAGGCGCCGGUGCCGGCGAUGGCUGCGGCGGCGACUUGGGAGCCUAUACUCCGCUCUAAACUCCAACCGGCGUACAGUUUCUAUACGGUGUCGUUUUUUUCACAUGUGGUCGUCCAGCUGUAUCCUAUGAAUAAGUAGUGAAGCGCACGUUCCCCAUUAAGAAAUUAUUAAAAUGACGCCGUUCCGUGUUGACUCCUUAAUUGGGUUUCACGUUUGAAUUAGUUACUUACCUUUUGUAUGGGCCUCACGUUAUAUUUAACAAUAAAUUAACUCAGG